UGUGGUUAUAUUUUGUUUGUGACAAUAGUUAAAAACAAACAAAGGUGGGCACCAUUAAAGGUAGGCUGCUGUUACUGUAACUUUUGCUGUACAAGUCACCAGCCUUUUUCAAAACCGCACAUACGCCCGUUGAAGUCAGAUGUGUAUGAUUAUAACAGUUCUUGUAUUCCAGCUUGUACUUUUUCCAGUGCAAGUGACUGUUGUUUGAUACCUUUUUUUGUCAUGGACGUUUUAUAACAAGAUCUCUUAGUAUUACCGCUAAGGAACAUUAAUCAUACACAUAACAAACAAAACAGCGCUGAGAUGGCCACGACACACAUGUAAUAAUGUUAACGUUAUGCACAUACUACAAACAAUAAAGAAAAAUAAUUUUGAAUCAUUUUAACCUCAAUAAUUACUAGCUGUAUUAGAGUCCCCUUAAGAGUAGCUCUUAUGUUCAUUUCAUGUUGUCCAAUAAUGAUAUUUUUAAUUAUGUCCUUGUCAGCUGAUUGAUAAAUUAAGAAUCAAACCAUUGUAGCUCGUAACUACCAAAUGUAAAAGUUUACAUUAGUCGUCCUUGACAGAUUCUCCAGGUUGGGUCCAAGUUCUGUUGCUUCUCACACGCUGUACAAAAUACAUGCCAAACCAUUCCUGGCCCAGAGUCAAACCCCUGGUCUGCCCUGGCCGGUCUCUGUACUUGAAUAAGAAACUAAUGGUGUCCUGUCAGUGCAAAAUGUCCUUGCUUUCAUACUUGAUGAAUAUGUGGAUUGUUUUCAAGAUUAAUUGAUUAGUAUAUCAGAUGUCUUAAAAUUCCCAGAGCCCUAAGUGAUGCCUUCAAAUUAUUUCUUUUGUCCAGUCAAACGUUCAAAACUCCAAGACUCUUCACUUGACAAAGAAAAGCAGACAAUGCAUUUAAGAAGCUGGAAAAAAAAACGUUUGCUGCAUAAAAUGUGGGAUGACAUUCCUGUGCACUUCUGCUGCAAAGAGGAAAGCUGCAUAUCAAAUGCAGACCACAUUCCUAGUUAAACAUGCUAGACUUACACUGCAGUGUUGCUGCCUACAGUGUGAAUUUUCAGUCCACUUAAGUUUAUGUGUUUCAGAUUUUUUCUCAGUGUAGAAAAGUUUCCAUUUGGCAGAAUAGCGUGGUAUUUACUGUGGUGAUAGUGGAGAGUGCACAGGGUUUUGAUGAAUUUUUACAUUUAUAAGAUGAAUCUGGGGCGGCAAAUUUUAAUAUUGACAAAUCUGCAGAUUAUUUUACAGAUUAAUGAGUUAAUCUUUUUGUCCAUAAAUCACAAGAAAGGUUCGUGGGGAUGUCUUCAAGUUUCUUUUUCUGCCUUACUAACGUUUCAAACCCAAAGAUAUGCACUUUACAGUGAUAUAAAACAGAGAAAAGCAGCAACAUAAACAAAAUGCCAUCAUGUUGUCCCUUACAUUUCUUACCUAAUUCUUAUAAGACUUGCCAAGGGAAAUAAUCCUUUUCAAAUAUCCACAGUUCAUGUAUGGAAACAUUAUAAAUUGAAUGAAAAUAUGCAGGGAGUAUUGGGAACAGAGAGGACUCUGUGAAUUGUGAAAUUUUGCCUUGGAGUCACCUUUUUCACCUUGUUCAUAGCGAUGAAUAAACACGGAAAAAGGAAGUAAGAAGAGACACAUAGGUGUGACUGAUCACUGUGAGCACAAACUGAAGUUAUGGCACACAUAUGGUUUCUUAAAUGCUCUGGACAUUCAGGACUGGGACAUUUUCCUGUGAAGGAGCCGGCGUUUUCCUGAAGGAAUGCUUGGCUGGGUCUAUUCUGUAGCCGACUUCUAGUUGAGUCCCUUUUCGCUGUCCUUACUAAAGGCAUUGGAAUUUUAUUAAUCUGUGUGGGUGUACAGCAGAAGUCAGCUCAGUAUGGCCACUGACUGCAGUAUGUGAAGUUUAGUUCAGGAUUCAUCUGCAAAGCAUAUUCCAGUGGAUUGUACCAGUUCAUAUCAAAGAUUAAAGGUUAUUGUGUGUGACUUUAUUAGGUACACCUGUACAAGUUCAGGUAAUCCAAUGAAACACACGAAACAAUCUCUGUGAAGCUUACAGUGUUCAGUCGCUGUUGAUCUUUUUUUUUCCCUGCAACAAUGCCAAAUAUUCAUUGGUUCCACUUCCUUAAUUGUGAAGAUUUGCUACUUUUCUUUGUUUCACAUCAACUUAAACAGAAUAUUUUUGAGUCUGACUGUUGGUCAGACAAAAAAGCAAACUGUAAAUGCUGAUCUUGAGGAAAAAUUGUCCACACCUAGUGUGACUGUUCCAUACAAUUCACACUCGGUGGGGAAAAAAAUAUUGAUACACUUGAGCAUCGCAAUAUUUUCUUAUUGAUAAUUUUGGAUUUUCAAAAACACAGUAAUGGUUUUUAAUGAGUAGUUUUACAUGCAAGGAGUCGUGGCUGUCAUUCAUUUUGUGUUGCGUUUAAAUCCCCAACAGCAAGAUAGCACUUUUGUAACCUUCAACCUUUUGACUUUACCACUCCAAUGUAUAUUCACUAAAAUUCUAAAAUACUCACUGUCCAGGUCUUGUUCUGUUGGUGCCCGGUGAAUCACUGCUGUUAGAAGUAUGCAUCAGGGCACUUUCAGACGUUUUGUAUCUGUUGGUGGCUAACAGAGUAGCCAAAUGUAAACCCAAACUGUUUAUGACAAUGUCCACAAACAGUUUUUCUAAGAUGUUGUUGCCAUGACAGUAAACACUUUCUUUUACACUCAACAGGGAAUAAGCAACUUGCAUUUAGCUUUUUUGUGCAGUUUAUGGUGCAGCCUCUCAAGUGGCAUUCUGAAUUUCCUGUGUACUGUGGUGGUUUUUAUAUGAGUAAGUUGUUUUGCUGCUGAAAAGAAAAGCAAGUGAAAUUAUUUCAGAUAGAUAAAGAAGGCACCUCACAUUUCAUGUGACAGCUAUUUUCCGUAACAUCGUCAUGAUAUCAGACAUCAGAUUGUCACCCUUUGAACGUUGACUGUUUGCUGUCCAAGUAAAAUUGUGUAUCAUUAGUUUGCUUGAUGUUAGUUUUAUGACAUAUAGUGGAGUGUGUGUGGAUGUGUGAAAUGGCAUGUGACUCAUAUGUUAGAUGGCUACAGAGCACAUGUUUGUCAGGCUAUAAGAGCACAUGAAUGUUCCCAAAACUCAUCAGAAACUCAUCCCAAAUUACGGAGGAUUGCACAUCUUUUUAUAUUCUGGUUUUAAUUUCGUUUUUGAUGCAAAGUAGUAAUGAUCGAUCACAUCUUUUAUUAAUUCCUCUUAGAGUAAAAGUGUAUCUUGAUAUGCGUAGAUCACAGAGAGCUUAUGUUCUACUUUUGUCCGUCCAUAGUUCACAAUUGAUCAUCAAAAGCAUAACUGAACACGUUAUCCUUUAAUCUAGUCAAGAGGGAAGAGCAAGUAAGCCAGCCUUUUUGGAGAGAGAGAGCGGGCGGGGGGGUGUAUGGGGAAGUGGAGAUGCAUUUCCCAUAAGUCAUUGUCAGCCAGCUCCUCCCCCCGGUUGGCUGAGAGCCAGCAUCAAGCAGAGCAGAGAGCAAAGCCCGACACCAGACGUUACUGAGAAUCAGAACAUGAAGGACGAGGCAGACAAACGCAGCACCUCGUGUUACUAAUGUAGAUGACAGGUUAUUCACAGAGGAUACACGGGAGAGCGACCGUGGUUUACACUGGCAUCUGUCGAUCCAGCAGAUGAAAUGGCGGUGAGGCAAAGGAUAUUUAACUCAACAUCACCGUUCUCCGGGUCAUCCCAGGCUGAGCUGAAGGGGUCAUACCCAUCCUGCUCAGUCACUGACCAGGAGACGGAGACGGAGGAGGAGGAAGAGGAGGGAAAGGACAGCAAAAUGGGCUACAUAACACACCUGAACCCUAUGAUAAAUAAGGUCCUAACGCAUGGGACUGCAGAGCAAGUGGGAAAAAUGCCACUGAAGCCCUCACCUUUCAUUGCUCAAGCUGAAUGUGAAGCCCAUGACUCCCAAGCGUUUAGUCCAUCCUGUUCAAAACCUCCCUUUUUUCCCCGCCACACCAGCAGUGUUUCCUCAGAGCACAACAAUGUUGCGUGCCCAUCCACAGCCACCAUCCAGCAGCCGAGCAACUCUGCAGCACAGCUCACCCCAAGAAAGAAGACCAGGAAGAGACAGAAACGCAAGGGGAAGAAUAAACUCGAUAAGAAGAAGGAGAGGCAGCGGCACAGACAUCGAGUGCCUUCCGGAGUUCCUGAACAGGAGAGCGGUUCUGUGGUUCAGAUCCUGGAGGAGUUUUCUGUUGGACCGAGAAGCGACCUCAGUACUUGUUGCAGUAGCAGCACCGAAAGCUCAGUAGAACACAAUAGAGGGUCUCCUCUCUACAGCCGACAGAUCUGCAUCUCAGGCUCCAGCUGCUCUCCUCUGAACUGGGCGGACCAGGUCUACGGCCUCCUCUCCACUCACCAUUCCUAUGAGCAGGACAGCGACUCAGACUGCCGCAGCGGUCUGGGAAACUAUUCGCUGGCCCUCGCUGGCCUCCGAGGCAGCGUCAGUCAGGGGGAUCCAUGCUACGCGGGGCCCUUUUUCAAAGAUGUUGAGAGGGAUCUAAGAGAGGAGGAAGAUGAGCUCUCAGGAGUUGAUUCUGUCAUCAACGAGGGGAUAAUCUUUUACAAUGAAAAAAUCCAGCCGGUGGACUCUGAAUACAAGGAAGGGAGGGAGUACGUCGUCACACAGUUUAUCAAGGAAGGCUCCUACGGUGAAGUACACUGUGCUCAAGACGUCAACACAGGCUUCAAAUUUGCUGUCAAAAAGAUCACCGUGAAGAGGUUCUUCAGCGAGGAGGUGGGUGCGUGGAGUGCCCUCAGAUCUCCUCGUGUGGUGGAACUCUUUGGAGUGGUCAGAGAGGGGCCUAAUGUCUUGCUUUUCAUGGACCUCAAAUCUGGCUCCCUGGGCCAGCUGAUAGCUGAGCGUGGCCGGCUGCCAGCGGACCUGAGUCUUCACUACCACUCGCAAGUCUUAACAGCCCUGGAGUACCUGGUGAAGAAAAAAGUGGCACAUUUAGACAUUAAAGCUGACAAUGUGCUGCUGUCGGAGGAUGGCAGGGACACCUUCCUGUGUGACUUUGGACACGCAGAGAGACUCGAUAAUCAGGGACAGAGCCUGAGUGGGUCCAAAGACCUGAAGGGCUCAGAGACCCACAUGGCCCCUGAGAUUGUAAAAGGGGAACCCCGCGGAGCCAAAGCAGAUGUGUGGAGCAGCUGCUGUAUGCUUCUGCACAUGCUCAGUGGGUGUCAACCUUGGACAAGAUACUACACCUGUAGACUUUACCUGAAGAUUGCCAACGAGCCUCCCCCUCUGAGAGAGAUCCCACCUGACUGUAGCCCUCUCACAGCUGAAGUUAUCAAGGCGGGACUUCACAAGGAUCCUGCUAAGAGAGCAUCAGCAUCUGACCUCAAAGAAAAAACUGUCCAAGCUCUGAAAGAAGUGGGAGGACUCACCAGCUCAGUGAGGGGGCCCUAUGCAAAGCCCCUGUAUUUUCCCAACAAACCUCCUGACCCCCUGCAAACGAACAGCAGUGUUUACUAUGAGGAUGAGGAGAAAUAUAAAGAAUCUAUUGAGAAGGUGAUCACAGAAGGGAGAAAGACGAGGAACCUGGGUGAUGAAGAUGAAGAGAAGGAGGCUGAGUCGACGCGAAGCCCGCCUUUCUGUCCACAAACGCUGAUCUCUGAGCCAAACCACAAGAGGAGCAACAAGAUCACCACUGUGCCUGAACUUGAGCUACGUAAACUGGAGCGAGAUUUUUACCUGAGCAGUUUGUCCCAGCUUCACUCUGCUGAGAUGCAGCAGCAGCUCUUGUCUUGUCUCAGCAGUGACCCGUAUUCCAACUGGGAGCUGUGGGACAAAAAGGACUCUGGCCGCUGGUCGCUGAGCCCAGGAGACGAUUUUAGUUCUGGUGUCUUCUCCUACAACAGUCAGCCAGAUGUGCAGGUUUUCAGUGUGGAUUUGCUAUGUAACGCACAACUACCACCACCCUGCUGUUUCGAAGGGGUGGAUGUCUGCAUUAGAGACUUCAAUAGGAGAAGCAUCCGCAUCAGAGAGACUCGCCGGGUGAAGGUGGGCCACAUCGCCACUGGGAUCAGUGAUCAGAUCUCAGAGAGGGUUUUCACCUUGGAAACUCAGCAGGGCGAGCAGGUUGCUCACGAUGAGGAGAUACAGGAGUCUGGUCUAGAGCUCUGCUGUGUUCCUGCUCCAGACUUCAGCUCUGCCUGGACGUGGAGGAUCAGAGACGGGGUGCUGGAGACGAGAUAGAGGCCACAGCUGUCUCCACCCAUCAGCUCCACCCUCAUAUUAACUGUUGCACAUGUAGCUUUAUGUUGAAUUGUCUCAGUGUUAGAGGACCAUGCUCUCAUGAGGGGUGAAGUCCAAUCUCCCAGAGCUGCCUUUUUAGCAAACAUGUCUCAUGUUUUAAAUGGCAUGUUGGGGGUCUGUUGUGUCGCUUCUUGUCUUACAUGCCCCUUACUCUGUCAACCACUGUGAUGUUUACGUUACACAUUUUCUUGUUGCAUGUUUACAUUGAGUCAGUAAACAGUACAUGAAACUAA